AUGUCGUCGUCCUCAGGAUUUGAGAACGGGAAUGGCAAUCUUCAUCACAACAAUUUGAUCCGGAAGAGAUCACCGAAUAGGAAUGUUGGGUUGAACCCAUCAAGUUUAGAUAAUAGUAAUGUCUCUAGUUCGUCGUCGAGGCCAUCAUCGGGAUCAUCCGAAAAGAUGUUGUUUAACAAGAAUAAUUUACAAUCUCAAUUAAUGGCCAAUAAUCGGAAAAACUUGAAUUCAAAAAUUCUUUCCAAACCCUCUAUAAUUCAUAAUUCUGUGAAUAGCAAUUUAAAUGGAAUGGGAAUUCUUCCACCAAGGAAAAGUGAAAGUAAGAGCAGAAGUAAUUCUCCUCUAAAGCCAGUGCAAGUCAAUGAAGACGAAGAUAUUCCUGAGAGGGAUGAUUUGACGGUGACCCUCUUGUCUCGACUGAAAAAGUUAGAGCAAACAUGCUCUGAACAAAAAAUUAUUUUAACCUCCAGAGAAUCAACUAUUAAGGAUCUUCAAGAUGUGAUUCACAAACAGAAAAUACAAAUAGAAAAACAGAGUACUAAUUCAUGGAAGACACCUGAAGUGCCUCAAGUGCAAUCCACAGUUUCUCCACCUCAAAUUUCUGACGACGAAAUGGGUCCACAUAUCAACAUGAAACUGCUUGAGCAACGAGUCCAAGCUUUGAAUAAGAUGAUUGACAAUGAAGAAUUGGUGGAAGUGUCAAAGAUGAAUAGCAAUAUUAAACAGCUCAAACAAAAACCUGUGAGCACUGUGACGUUUUGGAAAAAUGGAAUUGUUGUUGAUAAUGGACCUUUUAAGCCAUACAAAUGGCAAAUUACAAAAGCUUUUUUGACAGACAUUUUGGAUGGAUACUUCCCCUAUGAAUUCAAAGAGAAACAUCCAGAUGGAGUGAAACUGAAAAUUGUAGAUAAAACAUCAGAGCCUUUUUCAAAGACUGAGGAACGAUCCAUUGGAAAAUCGAAUUACCUCAAAGAAAACAACUCCAAUGUGGUCGGUCUUGACUAUUUGAAAUAUGUGGAAGAAAAUGGACCUCCAAAUCCACCUCUUGACAAGGAGAGCUUCCUGGAUCUUCUUCCAAAGCAAGUGAUCAAGAAUGGCAAAGUAAUACCUGUUCGUGAUGACAUUGAGCGAGUCAUCUCAGGAGGCAAUUCUAAAAACGAAACUAAAACUUCCGAUAUUGUAGAAAUUCGAGAUGAGGAGAACUCCCUCUCGCAGCAAUCAGGUUCCAAAGACAUUUGCACGAUCAAAUUGAGAUCUUCUUCUGGUCAGCAAUUUAUGGUCUACCUCUCAAAACACAAAACCAUUCGAGAUUUAAGGCAAUUAUUAGUGCCUCAUUUGCAUCUUUCCUCGUUCCGCCUAAAAGCCAUUCCCAAUACCUUCUUUGACGAUGAAACAUCCACUCUUGAAACUUGUAAAUUGUACCCAAAAGCUAUUCUCAUGAUUUUGAUCGAUUAA